AUGAAGAAACGAACUGAUUCAUGGAAUGCAAUGCUACUACCACGUAUACCAUCAAACAAAAAAGCAGUCAAGAAUGUUUUGAGUAAUAAAAAGCCGGGAUUCACAUCAUUUCCACAAGUGAAUAGUAGGAAAUCUUUGCGCGUCGAUAAGGAAGCGUUGGAUGUCGGAAAAAGAGAUGAUG